AUGCAGCAAUCUCUAGGCUUGAUUUUUAAAAACACACUACUUACUGGAGGAGGUGGUGUUCGUGGAUUCUUAGGACAACGUGGGCAGCUGACACCUUUUGUAGAUGGCCUUGUUAGAGGUUCUAAUGUUUCGACCUUUUCUGGCGGAGGCCCAACAAAUGUUUUGGAUUCUCGUGUUUACCACCAUGGAGGCGCUUUUUCUGGACAUCUUCGAUUUGGUGGUAUGCAAUUAUCUUCUUCGUUUGUAGCCUUACGUGGAAUCUAUUGUGGUGGAGGUUUAUCUUUUUCGACCUUUGCUGGGAGAGGCUCUUCGAAUGUUUUGGAUCCGCAUGUUUACCAUCAGGCAGUUUCUUUCAAUAACUACAUUCGAAGCUCAACUUGGACAUUAUCUCGAUACUAUUCUUCAAAUGUGCCAUUACCAUCUCGACAUUUAGAAGUUAAUGGAAAGGAUUGCACUGUUACUUGCGAUGAUGAUCAAUACCAAGUGUUGUGUGAAUUAUUGAGUAUACCAUUUGGUUCGGGAAUUCCAGAAAUGAAAGUGUAUAGUCACCCAGAUCAAUUUAUUAGAGAGGCGGAAAAGUAUGAACGUGUUGGGGAUUACAUCCAGUCGUCCAAGAAGUCAUGGGGGGCUUAUGUUUUGACCAUUAAGAGUCUGUAUAAAAAUCUCCAAAUCAAUAUACAUUCACAUGAUACUUUACAUAAAUUGUCCUUAUUUGCAAUUGGUCUUGAUGACGAUGUUCCAAACAAAGAGUCACUUGGUUUUACUGUUAGACUGAUGAAUGGGUAA